AUGAAUGGUGCUAAUCCUAAUAUUCAGCAUGGUCUAUAUGGCACAGCUCUCCAAGCUGCAGCAUAUAGGGGUAAUGAGAAUAUUGUACAGCUUCUUCUUGACAAUGGUGCAGAAGUAGAUAGCCACAGUGGUAAAUAUGGAAAUGCACUCCAAGCUGCAUGUAUGGGCAAACAAAAUAUUGUCAAAUAUCUUCUCAAGAGAGGAGCUGACAUUAAUGCCAAUGGUGGAGAAUAUGGAAAUGCACUCCAAACUGCCGCAUUUUGGGGCAAUAAGGCUAUUGUUCAGCUGCUGCUUGAAAAUGGAGUGAAUGUAAAUGCUCAGAGUGGUUAUCCCCUCCAAGCUGCUGUAUUGUGGGGAAAUAAGACUAUUGUAAAACUACUGCUGAACAAUGGAACCAAUGUAAAUAUUCAAGGUGGUAAAUAUGGAAAUGCACUUCAAGCUGCUGCAUUAAGGGGUGAUAAAAGUAUUUUCAAAUUUCUCCAUGAAAAAGGGGCUGAUGUCAAUGCUGAUUGUGGUCAAUAUGAAAAUGCUCUUCAAGGGGCUGCAUAUAUUGGGGAUGCAGAUAUUGUUAAGCUUCUCCUUGAGAAAGGAGCAAAUGUCAAUCUUAAAGGUGGCCAGUAUGGAAAUGCUCUUCAAGCAACUGCAUUUCGAGGCAAUCAACAUGUCUUUGAACUUCUAAUUUCUCAUGGAGCUGAUGUUAAUGCCCAGGGUGGUGAAUAUGGGAAUGCCCUCCAAGCUGCUGCGCUAAAUGCCACUGAAAAUAUGGUGAAAGAUUUGCUCAAAUGGGGCUGA